AUGGCUGCCACAACCAUGCAAACCAGAUCAUAUUCGACACCACGACACCUUCUCUCCAUUGCUGACCUCUCGCCGGCAGAGUUCACCAAGCUCGUCCUGAAUGCCUCGUCUCACAAGAAGGCCCUGAAAACUGAUAGUAUCUCGGCCCAGCUCGCUCGAAGCUUGGCUGGCAAGACCGUGGCGAUGAUGUUCAACAAGCGAAGUACUCGUACCCGUGUUUCCACCGAGUCAGCUGUGGUCGCCAUGGGAGGACAUCCCAUGUUUCUCGGCAAAGAUGACAUUCAGCUUGGGGUCAACGAGUCACUGUACGAUACCUCGGUCGUCAUCUCUUCCAUGACUUCCUGUAUGGUGGCCCGUGUUGGCCAGCACUCCGACAUCGUCAACCUUGCCAAGGAUUCCUCCGUCCCCGUCAUCAACGCUCUCUCUGAUGACUUCCAUCCAAUGCAGAUCAUUGCUGACUUCCUCACCAUCCAUGACGCUUUCCCGGCCAGUCAGCCGACCGAGUCAAGUUUGGGGCUUGAGGGCUUAAAGGUGGCUUGGGUAGGAGACUCGAAUAAUGUCCUCUUUGAUCUUGCAAUUGCUUGCGUCAAGAUGGGCGUUCACAUCUCCGUAGCUUCUCCCACUGGCUACAGUAUUCCUGAGGCCAUGAAAAAAGUCAUCAACGGCGCGGCGGUGAACGUCUCCAAGCCUGGCAAGCUCACCGAGACUACGGAACCCACUGAAGCGAUCAAGGAUGCUGAUAUCCUGGUAACUGACACCUGGGUCUCUAUGGGCCAAGAGGCUGAAGCCAGGAAACGCAUGGAAGCGUUCAAGGGUUUCCAGAUCACCAACGAGCUUGCGGAACGCGGCGGAGCGAAGAAGGACUGGAAAUUCAUGCACUGCCUACCUCGACACCCUGAGGAGGUUGCGGACGAGGUCUUUUACAGCCACCGGUCCCUCGUCUUUGACGAAGCCGAGAAUAGGCUAUAUGCUGCGAUGGCUGCAUUGGAGGGAUUCGUCGUCAACAAGGGCAAGAUUGUUUAA